UCGAUCAACCUGUGGUCGAUAUCUUAACAUGUAGCAUUUUUAAAAAAUGGUUAAGUCUCAGCUCAAACAAUUAAAGAUAGCCUUAAGAGAUGCAGGAAUAUCUACUAGUAAUAGACGUAGAAAGAGGAAGAAACUUGCAAAACAGGAAGAUAGAACAUCCAUAUUAGAGAAUAUCCGAUCUCAAUUUAAUCAUUAUGAAAAGAAGGUUAAUAAGGUUAAAUAUGAAGUUGGUGGCCGAAAAAUUAGAGGAAUUGAAGGAUAUCCAGGGCUGAGUCGUCAAGCAGGAGAAGAAAAAAGGAGAAAUACAAUUCUAAAAGAUAUGUUGAGAAGGAAUAAAGAAGGGAGUUUUGUAGAUCAUCGUUUUGGAGAACAUAAUACACAUCUUUCUUUAGAAGAAAAAAUGUUGCAGAGAUACGCAGUAGAAAAGCAGAAACUGUAUGAAAAGAAUAAUAUUUAUAAUCUUAAUGAAGAUGUUGGAAAUUUUGGAGAAUCACCUAUAGAAAUUGAAGAUUUUGAAAAUGAUACAGAAAAUGAUUCAGGAAAUAUUGAUUUUGAAACAGUUAAUGAUGAACAUUUUGGAGGGUUUGAUAAUUCAGAACAGUUAAAUAAUAAUAUGAAAAAAAGUAAAUCAGAAGUUAUGAAAGAAAUUAUAGAAAAAUCAAAACUUAGGAAAUAUGAAAGGCAAAAAGAAAAACAGGAAGAUGAAAUGAAAAGAGAAAUGCUUGAUGCAGAAUUUAAUGAUUUACAUUCAUUACUUGCUAAAAAUGACAAAUCUAUAUCUUCAAAAAUAGAUCAAGAACAAACAAAUAAAGAUAUUCAGUAUGAUCUUUCUGUAAAGGAGUUAGCUUUUGAGAAGCGUGCAUGUCCAUCGAGUAGAACGAAAACAGAAGAAGAGAUUGUACAAGAAAAGGCAGAAGAAUUACAAAGAUUAGAAGAAGAGCGAUUAAAAAGAAUGAAUUAUGAAUAUUUUUUUGAAAAUGAUAUAAAAAAAACCAAAUCUGUUUUUUCUAAAGGAGACAAUUUGGAAGACGAUUAUAUAAGCGAUAAUGAUAAUGAAUCUGAUAAUGAUACUAAAUUUCAUUCAUUUAAAGAAUAUAAAUACGAAAAAACUAAUGGAGUUCUUUAUUCUAUGAAUAGUACCAAAGAUGAUUUAAAUUUAAAUUUAAAUAAAGCAACAGAUGAUUUUGGUACAUGUAAUGAUCUAAACUCUGAAUCUAGAAAUGCUACUUUUGAAUCAUCAAAUGAAUCACAAGAUUUAGAUCUAGGAAAAAAAAAAGAGCUUGCUUAUGUUUAUCCAUGUCCAGGCUCAAUUUCAGAAUUUCUUUCUAUUUUAAAAAAUAUCGAACAAGAGGAUAUUCCAAAAGUUGUUGAUCGAAUUAAAGUGUUACAUCAUCCUUCACUUCACCCAUUGAACAAAGAAAAACUUCAGACAUUUAUUGCAGUAUUACUUGAUCUUAUUCUUUAUUUAUCAGAGAAAAAAAGUGUUUCGCUUGUUACUUUAGAUAUACUUUCUGAACAUUUACGAGAUCUUUCAUAUAAAUACCCAGAAGCUUCUUAUGAUGCUUUCCACAAAAAAUUAACAAAUACAAGGGAAAGAUUUAAUCAAUUAAUAUUUUCAGAAAAAACUAAAUCUCUUCCUUCAAUUCAAGAUUUGAUAUUUUUAAGAAUAAUUGGAGUAAUUUUUCCAACUUCAGAUCUUUCUCAUGUAAUAGUUACACCAACAUUUCUUAUAAUGGGGCAACUUCUUUCUCAACUAAAGAUUAUAUCAUUAGGAGAUAUAGUCUUAAAACUUUAUAUUAUAACGUUAUUUGCAGAGUAUAUUAAUAUAUCAAAAAGAAUAGUUCCAGAAGCAAUUAAUACACUAUUUAAUAUAUUAAAGAUAUUAUUUAAAAAAAAUAAUAGAAAAUUAGAUAAUAAAGAAAUUUCUACUGAUUCUGGAAAUAUUCUUUUUGGUUUACAAAAUAAACCAAGGGCUUUGAAAAUUUCGGAUAUCUAUUCUAAUGAUGAUAAUGAUAAAGAGUUAGAAGUUUCUCUUUUUAAGACAACUGCUCAAUUAAUUGAUUAUUAUGCAAUUUUAUGGAGUGGAAAAUCUGCUUUUAUAGAGAUUUUUUCCCCUUGUUUAAAUUUAUUAAAAGAAUUUUAUGAUAAAAUAUCUUUAUCAUGUGAACUUUUGGAGGAGAUAAAUUCUAUAAAUCAACGUAUUACAAAAUUGCUUCAAUUUUCAUUUGAAACACGCAAGCCAUUGAUGUUACAAGCACAUAAACCUAUUCCAAUUCCAAGUUUUAUUCCAAAAUUUGAAAAGGAAUAUUCUCUUGAUAAAAAAUCAUAUGAUCCAGAUCGUGAGAGGGCCAAAUCUGCAAAAUUAAGAUCUCAAUAUCGUGAUGCAAAAAGAAGCGCUAUUAGAAUGCUUAGACUUGAUGGUCAAUUUAUAGCUCGAGAGACACAAAAGAUGCAAAGAGAAAAAGAUGCACAGUAUGCUGCAAAAAUAAAGAGAAUACAUGGACAAUUAACACAAAAAGAUUAAUUUCAAUAAUUUACAAUAAAAAAUUUAACUAUCUUCUAUAUUCUUCAUUUCUUCUUCUUCAGCUAAUAGUCGUUCAGCUGCAAGUCCUGCCAUACAUCCACUUCCUGCAGAUGUCACUGCUUGCCUCCAUUUUUUAUCUUGAACAUCGCCUGCUGCAAAAAAACCCUUUAUAUUUGUUUCAGGUCCCCCAUUUUUUGUAAUAAUAUACCCAUCUUUAUCGCAUUCUACUUGACCUCUAACUAAUGUUGUUGCUGGCUCAUGACCAAUUGCAUAGAAGAGACCAUUCACUUUUCAUCAAGUUAUUAUCUCCCAAUGAUUCCAAAGCUACUGUAUUCCAUAGAAUUUCAAUCUUAGGAUGAUGUAAUAAUCGUUUAGCCAUAAUUGGCGAUGCUCUUAGCUUAUCCCUUCGAACUAAUAGAUAAACCUUUGUUGCAUAUCUUGUUAAAAAUAAUGAUUCUUCUGCUGCAGAAUCCCCCCCUCCUACAACUGCAAGAGGCUUUCCUCGAAAAAUAGGUGCUGCACCUUAAUACAUAAUUAUCUACUAAAAAUCUAUAAUAUUCCUAUAUUCUUUACCAUCACAAACUGCACAUGCAGAAAUACCACGCUGCCAAUAUAUCUCUUCACCAGGGAUAUUCAAUCUUCGAGCAUAUGCACCUGUUGCUAAUAUAACCACAUCUGCUGUAUGAAACACCUCUUCAUUAGACUCGCAACAAUAUUU